AUGUCAUUCUUUCAGAAGAAAUCAACGGAAGGUAAAUCUCAAUCAAAAACUAAGAUCAUUAAAUGUCCCAUAUGUUCUGAAUCAAUAUUGUACAUGAAUAUUAAUUCUCAUAUAGAUAGAUGUUCUAUAACAAAUAUGAAAAAGGCUGGUAGUAAUGAAGGUGAAACUAUAAAACCUGAAAGGUCCUUAUCUAGUAUAUUGAAUGGUAAGAGGAAAUUGUCAUCAAUACAAUCUAAUUCCGGAUCAUCUUCAUCAACAGCGAUCGAUAUAAAUGAUAAGAAUAAUGAUGGUGAUGAUGAUACUGACAGUCAUCCUGAUAAAUUAAUUAAAGUUGAAGAAAGAAAAAUGAAACCAAUACAGGCCCAAGAAAGAUCUUUAGAACAAGAGAUUAAACAUUUACAAAAAAAUAUGCAUUUACCAUUAUCAGAAAGAUUACGUCCUAAAGAAUUAAGAGAAUAUGUAGGCCAACAACAUAUUUUAUCAAAUACUACAGGAACUUUAUAUAAAUAUAUUCAAGAAAACACAAUUCCAUCGAUGAUAUUAUGGGGUCCACCAGGUGUAGGCAAAACUUCUUUGGCACGUUUACUUUCAAAAUCUGCUCAUAAUUUUUAUAUGAUUGAAACUAGUGCCACCAAAGCUAAUACUCAAGAACUAAGGUCAAUCUUCGAAAAGGCCAAGAAAGAAUAUCAACUAACUAAGAGACGAACUGUUUUAUUUAUUGAUGAAAUUCAUAGAUUUAAUAAAUCACAACAGGAUUUAUUAUUACCACACGUUGAAAAUGGUGAUGUUGUAUUAAUUGGUGCCACUACAGAGAAUCCAAGCUUUCAACUUAAUAAUGCCUUAAUUAGCAGAUGUCAUGUGUUUGUAUUACAAAAAUUAACUCUCAAUGAAUCAUGUAUUGUAUUGUCAAGAGGUCUUGCAUUAUUAAAUAAAUGUCGAAAGUUGGUUCUCAAGAUAGAUAAACCUUUAAAAUUAUCAAGAGCAUGUCUUGAAUAUCUAGUAGAUGUUUCUAUGGGUGACACUCGUAGAACGUUAAAUUUAUUAGAAAUGAUUGAAAUUUGGACAAGAACAGGUGGAAGUAGUUCCGAAAGUUUGACUGUAGAGGAGGUUAGAGACAUCAUUAAGAGUAAUAGUUCCAAUGGGUUAAGUACAUAUUAUGAUCCAAAGGGAGAUAAUCAUUAUGAUACAAUCUCGGCAUUCCAUAAAGCCAUAAGAGGUGGUGAUGAGAAUGCUUCAUUGUAUUAUUUAGCACGGAUGAUUAAAGGUGGAGAGGAUCCAUUAUAUAUUGCUAGACGUAUGAUUCGGAUAGCUACAGAAGAUGUGGGGCUUCGCGAUCCAACACAAUUACCAUUGGCGGUAGCAGCACAUGACGCUGUAAUGAAGAUUGGAUUACCUGAGGCAGAUUUAGCACUAGCAGAAUGUUGUGUGAGUUUAGCAAGAGCACCUAAAUCAAUUGAAUUAUAUAGAGCUUGGAAUAAAGUGAAAAGUAUGAUAAAUGAAAAUCUUUACGGAUUAGCCAGUAGUGAAAUUCCGAUGCAUAUUAGAAAUGCACCAACAAAAUUAAUGGAAGAUUUGGGUUAUCAUGAAGGUUAUAAAUAUAAUCCUGAAUAUAAAGAUGGGUUAUGUAAACAACAAUACUGGCCUAAUGAGGUAUUAGAAAAAUGUUCAGAUAUUAAGGAAUUAAAAUUUUUAACUGGGAAACAUUUCGGAAAUAAAAGAGACCCUGAUCUUGAAAGAAGAUGA